GUUAAUGGAGUUAUAUUUCAUUAAUCAAUAUGUUCCGCCAAAAUUAAUUGACUAAAUAAAUUUGAACAAAAAAAUAUAUCAUCAUGGAGGAUGAGAAUAUGACAAUUAUAAGAAGACUAAUCCAACAUGGGAUUGAGCUAGCAAAAGAUUUGGAAGUCAACCUUGGAAACCGCUCCAUUUCACAAGCUUGUGAAGAGAUCAUUAGGGUUUUCAGCAGGGCAAGAGAGAGGUCCCUAUUGCAGAGGCCGCCGGCCGCCGGGAGCGGCGGCGGGAGUAACGUUCAGAGUUGGGUGAUGAGCACUGACACUGCUGGUCAAGCGGUGCUGGACUUGUUGUUCCUUCCGCGCGUCGGGGAGCAGACGCCCGCGGUGGGGCCGCGGCGGUCAACGCCGCCGUUACCGGUGGGAGGGUCGCCGUCGGCGGUGCGGGACGUGGACGUGUCUGAGUCUUCAAGAGGGCUUUCUUCUUCUUUGCAGAGCCAACGUAGAAGAAGAGAAGAAAAGGAGAGAUUUACGGUGAACGUAGCCGCUCCUCAAAUGGGAAAUCUUGAUUUGCCGCCUGACGACGGCUAUACUUGGAGAAAAUAUGGCCAGAAAGACAUUCUCGGUUCCUCUUUCCCAAGGGCAUACUAUAGAUGCACGCAUCAGAGAUUGUACGACUGCCCAGCAAAGAAACAAGUGCAACGUGUGGACGACAAUCCCUACAUUUUCAAAGUUACGUACCGGUACCGUCACACGUGUCACAUGUCCGCCACCGCCCCGUCGGCCCCGCCGGCAGUUGGCGGCGCGUUGCUUCAGCACCAGAGCACAACAACCGCCCGUCAGCCACCGCACGACGGCAGAUCAUCCGGCGGCAGCUGGCUCACCAUGAAUAUCAAGACAAGGCCAUCUCCGGAGGGCGGCAGCACGAGCAAUAAUACAAUGCUUCCCCAUCAAAUGCAUAGAGAUUAUGCAGCCCCUGCCGCCUCCUCAGAUGCCGCUGGGCCGUCCACCACCGCCGGGACGAUGGACGUUGACUUUGGCGGUCAACCGGUGGUGGAUAUGGCUGAUGUCAUGUUUAAUUCUGGGAGUAGCAGUGAGCAUAGCAUCGAUUUCAUAUUCCAUACGAUACAUACGAGUAAAUAUGAACAACGAGAAAAUAAUUAGUUUUAUGUUUUAGUCUUAUUUAAUGUUAAUUAUUACAUACGGAGUAAUAAUUAAUGUUAGGAAAGCAGGAUUAAGAUAUGCCCAUCAGUGGCGGACCCAAGAUUUUCGGGGAGUGGGUUCACAUUUUGUGCACAAAAAAAAUGUUGAUAUUUGUAUAACAAUAAAUUUAAAACCUUAAAGGUAAAAAAAGUAUCAAUAAAUAGCAUUCUGAGAU